GGAGCACGCUUGAUAAUACCGAGCUAAUAUCCAGCGAUACACUCGCGCCAGUCGACCGUAAACCGUCAACAUGUUGGUACAAGAGUUUAAACUAUACGAGAACAUAUUUAUCGAAACAAAUGUACAAUCACCCAAUUACGAUGGCGUGAUCGUGAUUCUGUACCCGCAAGAAAUGAAUGUGGGACUUCCGAGGCACAUAGAAAGCUUCAUUGACAAUAUUGGGAAACUCGACAAGCAUAUAUAUAAAACGCAAACCGUGUGGAAUUGUGAUUAUGUGUCUGGAAGCCGGUUGGUGUUGACUCCGAUAAGUAAAGUCACUCCGUAUCAUGAUGUGAGCGUGAUUAAAGAAGCUGCGAAGAAGGGGAUGAUUCGUGCGCUGGAUGCAGGUAUGAAGAAACCUUUGUUCGUUAUAAAGAACGUUGUUAAUUUCCCCGAUGGACAGUUAGUUGGGAUCUUGGGUGCUCUAGAGGCACUGUACAUGCCGCUGCAAAUCAGAGAGCAUAAAGAUACUAAAAACUUCAUUCACAUCGGCUUCCAUUCUGAUGAGGUUACCUCGGAUGCAUUUGAAAGAAUCGUGAGAAAUGCCCUCGCAUUGGAAAGAUCUAGAAUUUUCGCUAGAGACAUAGCUGGAGGCGACCCUGAAAGAAUGGCACCAGCUAAAAUAGUGGAAUACGUGAAACAUUCCUUCGCUGGUGAUACGAAUAUUACAAUCAAUGUGAUCGAUAAUUUGGAAACGAUUGCUAAGGAAUAUCCGCUUUUAGCAGCUGUAUCAAGAGCGGCUAAUAACAUUGAAAGACACAAGUGCAGAGUGGUAGAAAUUCACUAUAACUCGUCUAACCCAAGUCGUGUUACUGAGACCAUUAUGUUAGUUGGUAAAGGAGUGACUUACGACACUGGUGGUUCUGACGUCAAGAUUUCUGGCAAAAUGGCCGGUAUGUCAAGGGACAAGAGUGGAGCGGCGGCUGUAGCUGGAUUCUUGAAGGCUUGUUCGAUUCUAAAACCACCGCAUUUGAAAGUGAUUGGUGUAUUAUGCCUGUGCAGGAAUUCCAUUGGUGAAGACGCGUAUGUCGCUGAUGAGUUACUAGUAUCGAGAAGCGGCAAAACAGUUAGAGUGACCAAUACAGACGCGGAGGGAAGACUAGCAAUGGCAGAUUCGGUAUUCAAGUGCGCUGAAUUAGCAGCCAAUGAAUUAAACCCACAUAUAUAUACAAUAGCUACGUUGACAGGGCAUGCAGCAGCGUGCUACGGUAGAUAUUCGGCUGCUAUGGACAACCACAGCGCAAAAGCCACCAACCAUUCAAGCAAAUUACAAUUCAGUGGUUCAAGGAUGGCAGAAGGCAUCGAAAUUUCGACGGUCCGGGCGGAGGAUCUUGCUGUUAACAUGGGAAAAUGUAAAGGAGAUGAUCUAGUACAGUAUGAUACCGACGCAAAGAGUCGUAAUCAUCAAUUGGCAGCUGGAUUUUUGAUCAAAGUGGGCGGUUUGGAAGAGAAUAACAUUAAAUACACGCAUCUAGAUAUUGCUGGCGGCGCUGGUUCUCUACCAGAUGAGCCAACCGCUGUUCCGAUUUUGACCUUAUGCCAUGCACAUAAGGUGCUCAUUUAAGUGCCCUGUUCUGUGAAGCGGUUAUCAAUUUUGUAUUGUACAUAAAAAUGUAUAUAAACAUGUGUUACGCAUUUAUUUAAUAAAUAAUGAUUGCUUUAUUUUCGUGACGUGUUAUUAUCAAUCAUUUCUCUAUAUUAUUAUAUUUAUGUACAUAAGUCACGUAUGUAAUAAUGAUUAUACAUGAAAUUAUUUGUGUUGUAACAACAGGCUAUGACUGAAAUACAAUGAAAGUACUGGCUUUUGAUCAUUGUUUGCAUACGACUUUUCGUGUUAAAAAGUUUUUUUCUACUAUAUAAACUGUAUUUUUUCACUCCUAAUAAAUAAAUAUUCUAUUCUAUUCUA